UACUGAUAGUGUCAACAUCGUAGCCAAUAUGGUGGCAAGAAUUUAUUCUAGCUAGCAAUCCAGCAAGAAAACAAGCAUUGUGUGCCGCCGGCUUUAGUCAAAUAUUUAUGUUUAUAAUAGCAAAUUUAUAUCAAUUGUCGAUAAUGUCAGCGGUCUUCAAUUACCUCCGGGCCUCUUUUUAUACCGCCGAAAAUUUACCCAGGGUUGAUGGUCUUUAAUAGUAUUUCAUCGGUGGUUGCAUGUAUAUUUUUGAUUUAUCGAAUAAGAUUUCUAUCGUCAUCCGUGAAGUGAAUAUAUAUGCUCGAUAGUUAAUAGGCAAAUCGCAUUUCGCAGAACUAAACGUUAAUUGAGUCACAAUAUGGACAAGGAGGUUAAAAAGGAUGAAAAAGAUGGUAGUCUAAAUGAAGAAAAACAAAACGUUUUAUCUAAAUCAGAAGUAGAAAAUUAUUCUGAGAUGGAAAAAUUACGUAGAUAUUUAGCUCAAAAAUUAAGACUUGUUGACUUGCCAGCAAAUGAUCACAACAAUGAAUCACAGCAGUUGGUUCUUUCCAAACUCAAUUUAGAUGGAAUUGUCGAAUAUAUUAAAGAAAACACAAAUUGCAAAAUCAUUACUAUGGCAGGUGCUGGAAUCUCUACCUCUGCUGGAAUACCAGAUUUUCGGUCUCCAUCUAGUGGACUUUAUCAUAAAUUAGAUAAGUAUAAUUUACCCCAUCCACAAGCUAUUUUCGAAUUAGAUUUUUUUAUGAAGAAUCCAGAACCAUUUUUCACUCUUGCAAAGGAAUUGUUGCCAGAAGGCUUCAAACCUACAAUAAGUCAUUAUUUUAUUCGUCUACUGUCGGAGAAAGGUCUGUUGUUACGACAUUAUACACAGAAUAUUGAUACACUAGAACGUGUAGCUGGAUUAUCAUCUGAUAAACUAGUGGAAGCUCAUGGAACAUUUCAUACUGGUCAUUGUCUUAAGUGUCGAGCGCCUUAUACACUUCUGUGGAUGAAAGAAAAAAUAAUAGAAGGCAUGAUACCAAAAUGUGAAGAGUGUAAUGAAGGUGUUGUAAAACCUGACAUAAUCUUUUUUGGUGAAACGUUACCCGAACGCUUCCGAGUACUUGCUGAUCGAGAUUUCAUACAAGCUGAUCUUUUAAUUAUCAUGGGAUCAAGUUUAGUAGUACAACCUUUCGCAUCGCUAAUAGAUAGAGUACGAAACACUUGUCCUCGUUUACUUAUCAACAAUGAAAAAGUAGGUACGCAAGAUCGUCUAUCACGUUUCUUAGGAUUACGGCAGGGUUUGGUAUUUGAUGUCAAGAGUGCACACGGAGGACGCGACGUAGCUUGGUUGGGUGAUUGCGACACAGGUUGUCAACUACUAGCGGACAAACUUGGCUGGGGGGAUGAAUUGCGAGCUCUCAUGCAAAGAGAACACGAAAGAUUGAAAGUAGAAGAUAAAAGUGACAAUUAACUGAUGUUACUUGAAUAAUGCUGAUUAGUGAUGUUUUUCUUUAGAAGGAAUAAAUAGAUUAGCCUUUUAUUAAUACUAUCAUUUGAAAAACAUGUUAAAAGAAUAAAAUUUUACUUAAAAUAGGUAAUAAAAAUGGCUAAUAGGGGAGACAGCUCCGAUGACCCUGAGUAACCUCCACCGGAUUUUAGCCAUCGCCCGUAAUUUAUUAAAAAGUUAUUAACAAAAGAAAUUUGAAAAAUGAUGUCUCUUUUCUACUAUAUAAAAUAGAAAUUUUCUACUUUAAAGUAUAUUUUACAACUUUCUAUGUGAAGAGACUUCCACCCCACCUCCCCCCUGCUUGGGGGCGCACGACUUUCCACGCGAAGCAACUUGGCGAGAUGGGAUGGAACUCGCUUCGCAUGGAAAAUCGUGUGCUCCUUGGCAGGGGAGAGGUGGGGUGAGAGUCGCUUCGCGUGGAAGGUUGUAAGAUAUAUUUUAAAGCAAA